AUGGAGUUUAAAUCCCAGGAUCGCGAAAAUAAAAGAAUAAAUCAAAAAGGUAUCUCUACUGCUACUGCUAAUGAACUGCAGCAACACAUAGAAAGAAAAAAUCUGGUUCAGACUGAGUCGACAGAUCUAGGUAAUCAGAGUGGGGAGAAAGGUUUCACAGCAGUAAAUACAAAAUUGGGAUGGACUGUUAUGGAAAAAUCGAACUCUAAAUCCACUUUUGAAUCCAAAAAUUCAUUACUGGUGCAUUCCUUGCUUACAAAUCAGACAAAAAUUUCGGACCUAUGGGAAUUAGAUUCUUUGGGAAUUAAGGACCCAAGUGAAAAGAAAACGAAACUUGAGUUGCAAGAUCUUACUUUAAAACAUUUUGAGAAUACGGUCUCGCAAAAUGAAGAUGGUAGAUAUUAUGUAUGCAUUCCUUGGAUCGAUGGACAUGAUAAACUUAGUGAUAAUUUUCAACUAGCCGAAAGAAGGUUGAAAAAUACUGUAAGAUCUCUAAAAGGUAAUGGUAGACUAUUAGAUUAUGAGCAAGUGUUUUUUGAAUGGGAAAAUGAGGGGAUUAUUGAAAGGGUUAAUGAAAAUGAUCAUGACAAAAAUAAGAAAAUUCAUUACCCACCACACAGACCUGUGUUCAAAGAAAACUCUACAACCAAAAUCCGCCCUGUAUUUGAUGGGUCCGCUCGUCAUGGACACUUUUGUUCUCUGAACUCUUGCAUUGAAGCAGGACCUAAUUUAAUUGAACUAAUACCUGCAAUCUUGAAUAGGUUUCUUUUAAGAAAGAUAGGAGUAAUAUCGGAUAUUCGUAUAGCAUUCUUGCAAAUCGCUUUACACGAAAACGAUAGGAACUUUCUACGUUUUUUGUGGUGGGAAGGUGGCGAUCAUGAAAAGGUUAUUAUUUAUAGACAUUGUCGAGUAGUCUUUAGAGUAUCGUGCAGUCCCUUCCUGCUAGCUGCAGUAUUAAACUUUCAUCUAAAACGGGCACCUAAACAUUUGAAAGCUGCAGCUGAAAAGCUACUAGACUCUAUGUACGUUGACAAUUGCGUAACGAGUGUGGAAACAUUCGAAAAAGACUUGUCUUUUCAACGAGACUCUAGAGAAUUGUUGGCAUUAGGAAAUUCGACUUAUGUGGUUGGAGACAUAGUACAAGUUCUUGGUCUUUUGUGGAAUGUGGAAAGAGAUACUUUGUUCAUCUCUUUUGAAGAGCCCGUUCUUGAAGAAAGACCCAUUUCGAAAAGAAAAAUACUUCCCAUUGCUCAUCGAAUUUUUGACCCGAUUGGAGUCACCUGCAAUGUCACUCUAAUUCCCAAACUGAUUCUGCAAGAGUGCUGGAUGAUGGAAGCGUCUUGGGAUUCUCCAUUGCCUGAAGACAUCGAGAAAAAUUUGAAAUUUGGCAGCGUCAACUUAAAGACUUGA